CAUGGCUACUCUAGAUUCCGACGUCCCGAUGGUUCCCGUCGGCGAGGCUUCAAGCAGCACUUCUCCUUCCACCUCCACUAAGAAGCUCAAGCGCUUCGAGAUCAAAAAGUGGAGUGCGGUUGCUCACUGGGCUUGGGGCAUUGAAUGCCAAGCCAACCAAGCAAGUUCCACCAGGGAGGAAUGCACUGUUGCGUGGGGUGUCUGCAACCAUGCAUUCCACUUUCACUCCAUCAGCCGAUGGUUGAAGACCCGUCAAGUGUGUACUUUGGGUAUGCUUUGUCUCCAUGUUUAUGCUGGUCGGAUAUUUUGCCCCGUUCCAUUCUUUUGACUCCAUGGAACUAAUUCCAUAGUUUUGCUUUUGCGGAUAAUAGUGAAUGGGAGUUCCAAAAGUAUGGUCACUAGAUCUUUCCAAGUGGCUACCCAGUUAAACCUACUUACCUUUCUCGAUGCUGAAGAAGGUUGCUCGUAUUUCU